AUCCCCCUCUCACAGCGCGGACCAAUCAGAGAGCUGUCUGUACUGAUGGGAACCUUCAGUUUACCUGUGCAGUGUGAGCUGGAUCUGAACGGGACGGGCAGCAUCACCUGUCCGGUCAAGAGCAAACCUGACGGAUGGAAAGCCACAGAGGAACACCUGCUUCCCUCCAAAGUGGAGGCUGACCCCCUGACUGAUCGCUCCGCCGGUACCGUCAUGGCUCGAACCGGCUCCGGUUCUCUCCUCUCCCGUCGGAACAUCAAGCUGGACUCCUUCCUGAAGCGGAACACGGAGCGGGCGGUGUACGAGCGGAUCCGAACCUCCGAACCGUGCGUGGUGAUCUCAGACAGCAUCAAUAAGGAGUACAUGCACGUGGUGAUGAGCGACGAGCGCGUGUAUCUGACCGAGUACCCACCGCGCGCGCUCACCACAGCCUUCAGCUUCAGGCGCGUGCGCGACAUCGAGCUGGUCAACGACCUCCCCGAUUUCCUCCAAGGGAAGGAAAGGGAACUCUGCCAGCACAUACGAAUCACCUACGUCACCGAAGAGCCCGCGAGGAGGGGUCGUGAUUGGCUGAGGAAAGACCGGAAGGCGGGACUUCCUCCUGCACCGCCGCCCUCUCGCAGGACGAGCCAUUGCUCGACAAUAACGCACACGUUAGACGGAUAUCCUGCACAGAGCAGCUACAGUGAAAGGGGGACAGAGGAGGUUCCCAGGUUAGCGCACGCACGUUCUGCUUCCUGUCCAAACUCAGAGACUCUCGGCCUCCCGAGGGUGCCGCAUCUUCCCACCACACCAACCUCCCUGCACUCCACCACCAGCAGCUCCUCCACCUUGACUCUGUCAGACUCGAAUCAAAGACCGAACACCCCCGAGCACGGCCAUCACGCGCAGAGGAGGUUCGGCUCGGUUCUGUCUCGCCUGUUGAGACGAGACGCCGGCUGCAGAGAGGAGAGGGAGGCCGAGCUGCAUCUUUACGCCGUGUCACACACGUCCAGACUUUACCUCAACCUGCAGAGCUCAUGGAACAGCUUCAUUAUCAGGUCCACUCUGAUGUUAGACCCGCUCUACAGAGGGAGGUGCAGAGCUUCAUCCGACUCUCCUCCUGGAAAACGACUUCCUGCCAUCAGCUGGGAGCGGACAGCUCACCUGUUGGGUCAGCUGAGCUCGGAGCUCCUGCAGGAGGGCCUCAGCGUGGAGAGUCUGUACCUGCUGCUGCAGGAGCUGAGGACCGCCGCUCACCGUAACGUCGCACUGCGUGGACUCUUCUGGAGGUCCGGCGAGGUGUGCGACUUCCUGGUUCAGACUCUGGAGGAAUCGCUCCACGGCUGUCAGAGCCUCAGAGGAGUCCGCACGGCAGAUCAACUACUGCUGAGCACUCUGAUCGUCGAGACGCUCGCCGUCAUGUUCAGAGAGACGGAGGUCGAACCGGCCAGACUCAGCCUGCUCUCUGCCCAAAAAGGUGCUCUGACCUCCAGAAUGCUGUCGGCCUUGAUAUGCGAUCCAGAGCCGCAGACGCAAAACCAAGAACCUCCGACCGACUGUGAGGCCUUACUAGCCGAGUACCUGGAUGCUGCCUGCUCUCUGCUGUUCGAGCUGCUGCUUCUAGGCCACGAGGCCAGCAGAUGUUCCUCCGCUGACAACUUCCUGUCUGUCGGCUGGAUCCUCCGAGUCCUGCAGCCUCAUCCUCACCUGACGUCCUUCAUUGGUUACCAGGCCCAGCAGGUGGUUCUGGUUCUGUCGGACCCACAGGAGUCCUUUCUCAGUCCCGCUCAGUCCGUUCUGCUGUUCCAGCGCUGUCGCCUCCUGCUGGCCUGCAUGCAGCACAACAACCACUUGGCACAGCACCUCCGAUCCAACUUCAGGGAGGAGUUCAGGUACUUUGUGAAUCUGUCGUGCGCUGAGGAGAAGCUGCCGCCUCACUACCCGAUCAGCCAGCCGACCCUCCGACUGGUCGAGCAGAUCCUGAGUCUGCACAGAUGAUCACACAGGACUGUGACAGCGUGUGCCUUUACCAGCAGCACUACUUUCUACUGUGUAUGUUUUUAUUGUUCAGAAAUGUACAGAUGAUUCAGUGUAAAUAAGUUGAUGUUAGUUUAUUCUAAUAAACUCUCGUGUUUGAGCUAAA